GGAUUUAAUUUAUUUUUUAUAUUUUUCAAUUUUAUUUAUGCCUUCUGCUGCAACUUGGAAUUAUAUACGCAAAUUGGGUGUUUGUUGUGUUGGUGCAGUUGUUGGAAUGGCAACUGUUUAUAAAAUUUAUGAUCCUUUGGAAGAAAUGAAAAUGGAAAUUGAGGAUGGAAAGAUUGUUAUUUUAAGAGAAUAUGCUCCGAGAUAUGAGGAAUUGAGUAAACAAGUCGAAGAAGAAUUGAAAAAAAUUAAAGAGAGGGAAAGAAUAAAUGAAAGACUUGCUGUUAAUGGUUAA